GCCAAAAGGCAUUGAAAGUCAAGACAACACCAAAAAUCUAUGAAUAAUCAAACAGCAAUCCAGCCCCUUGUCACUCCUAAUGAAUGUCACCUGGUUGGUUCAGUCCUAUUGCCAAGGCCUGAGUCAGGACGCAGUUCAUAAUCAUUAAAAGCAGAGCGCUGUCCCAAGACUAUCGCAAAGUAAUUGUUGCAAAACAUAAUGCUGGUGUUGGUCACAGGUGCAUAUCUAAGCAUCUGAACAUUCCAGUGAGCACAGUUGGGAGCAUAAGACGUGCAAUACUCGGCCAGGACAGCAAGCAUCAGGGUCCCCAAUGGGGCAUUCGGCUGGACGUCCUCGAGGAGGAACCCAAAGGCGAAGCAGGAACCAGACGGGAGCAGGCGACAGCUCUGGCCGAAGACCUCCCAGGAGGUGGUCGUGAGGCGGCUGCGGAUCAGUCGUCCGCGAGGCUAGGUCGGGGAUCGGUCACAUCUGAGUUUUGAUUGUGAGGAGGCCCGGGAUUGGUCGCCACCGAGGCUUGGUCGGGGCGGCCAGGAAUCGGUCGCCCUUGAAGCAUGGUCAUCAGAUGGCUGUGGACUGGUCGCCAUCAAAGCAGGAGGGGGAGGUGGCCGCCGUCGAGACAAGGGUGUGAGGCGUCUGUAUACCUGUCAUUGUCGAGACAGGAACGUGAGAUGGAAGAAUACCUGUCGCUACCACUACCGGGAGAGGAACGUGUGUCGGCUGAGGAUCCUUCCCCGCCGCCAGGAGAGGAACGUGAGGCAGCUGACGAGCCUUCGCCGCCACCAGGACAGGAACGUGAGGUGGCCGACGAGCCUUUGCCGCCACCUGGACAGGAGAGUGAGGCAGCCGAUAAGCCGUCCCCACCGCCGGGACAGGAACGUGAGGUGGCUGACGAGCCUUUGCCACUGCCUCGACAGGAACUUGAGGCAGCAGUGUGCCUGUUUCCGCCGCCGGGACAGGAGCGGGAGGCAGCCGUUGAGUCGUCACCCCUGCCUGAACGGGAGCGUGGGGUGGCCGAGGAGUCGGCGUCACCGCGCAGCAGGAGGCAAAAGGGGGCCAAGCGGGUUCCCAAAAAAGAAUUGGAGGACGAGGACUCGAACCUACAGGGCAAAGGCACUCAGAAGCUGGAGGCGCCGGGCGGCGACACAAACAGAGUGGGACUGAUCACAGGGAGAGGAAAUUCACAGUCAUUGUCCAAAUCACAGUCUGGCAGCCGUUCAUAUAAAUUUAGGUAUUCCUCAAAGUCUGAAAAAUCCGGGUCCAAAAGGAUAUGCGGUGGUGAACGGGUCAUGGUCGGAACUUAGCCGUGACGCACAGGCGGUAAGGAUGACCAGGCAGGAGAGGACGAUAUAACAGAUCCCACCCGAACAGAAGAUGCUUGGUCCUUGGGCGGACGGCGUCCCCAGCGACGUGCCCAGCGAUGCCUCGACUAUCCCCCUGGGUCCUGUUCAGGCCAGUUCAUUCUGUCAUGAACCAAUGGUACGGGGGCGGACCCAAAUGCAGGACUUCGAGGCAGAGGCAUAAUUUUCAAUGUGGUUUACUCUGGAAACUGGAUAUUCACGGUGCAGCAGUCUGACAAGACAGAGGCAGUCCAUUUACUAGUGAGCCAUUCAGUGAGAAAACUGGUGACGUGUUAGAUCAGGACUCAGCAACCAUCGAUUGUAUGAAGGGUUCAUUACACGUACAUAAAAUAUUUUUGUUUUAAUUUAUUGUAGUAAAUGACAUUACAGGUAUUUUAAAAUUUCAAUUCACGUACGCAAGUCAGAUUCAGAAUUUAAAUCACAAAUAAUAGUAACAAUUUGUGGCCUAUGGUAUUUUUAGAACAUACUGAGCAGGAACCUUAUAUGGUCCUCAUGGGCUACCAUUCGCCCGCGGGCACCGCGUCGGUGACCCUUGUCUUAGAUAAUUAGGUCGGCCGCUGUAUAUUGGCCAAAUAUUCGUGUCAUUUAAAAUCACUUUAUAGGAUUAAAAGACACAUACAAAUAUUAAAAUAAAGAUACAGCAAAUUAGUAUACGACACAGGAAUCAAAAUGAUACAAAAAAAAAAUGAACAUAAUGAAGUAAACCUAUUUACACUUUGAACUUUGUAUCAUGAACCAACUGGGUCAAUAGCUGUGAAGAAACCCAUUCAAGGAAUCCACUCAAUUUCAGGUGCAAUACUUGUAAGCACUACCUCUCACCUCCUUUGCUCUUUGUAUGUACAUACAAAGGUCAUUGAUUCAGACAUGCUAUUAAUUCAGUGAAGGGUUGCGGAGUGUUUGUAUUGCUAACAGGUUGUACAAGUUUUACUUAACACCUUGCCAGACGAUUGCUUCUUCAUGUCAAAUUCUGUACUGACAGAACACGGACAAGUUGUAGAAGUUUUACUUAACACUUUGUCAGCUAACUCAA